AAGUAGUACUUUGGGAACUUCCUCCAAACUACAUUGCAUAAAUAUUCAUGCGCUGAUUAACAGUACCCACGAAUUAAUCUUGUGUGUAUAUAUAAAGACUGGGAAAGCAAGCAGAACCUCUCAAACAUAUUUGCAGUCUUUUAAUUUACACGUACAUGCUCCCUAAACAACAAUGGCUUCCAUUUCCAGAGAUGAAUCCGACUAUGACAGCAGCUGCUCCUCGAUAACCGUGCCGGACUCUAGCCGGAGCUGGAUGAGCAACCUCAGCUUCGGCAGCCGCCGGAGCUCGGUUUCCGUCUGUUCCUCCACUACUACUGACACCUCUCUGCUAAGCUCUCACAAGCCCCAUAAGGCUAACCAAGCCGCCUGGGAAGCCAUGCGGCGUCUCCGGAGCUCAAAAGGUCAAGUGGGUCUCGACCACUUCAAGCUCCUCCGUCGCCUCGGCAGCGGCGACCUCGGGAACGUCUAUCUCUGCCAGAUUCGGAACCCGGUGCUGGGGUUACCGCAGUGCUUCUACGCCAUGAAAGUGGUGGACAAAGAAGCUCUCGCCAUAAGGAAUAAACUGCAGAGGGCUGAAAUGGAGAAGGAGAUUUUGGGUAUGCUUGAUCACCCUUUCUUGCCAACAUUGUACGCCGAGUUAGAGGCUUCUCAUUAUUCUUGCUUGGUCAUGGAGUUUUGUCCCGGUGGAGACUUGUACGCCGCUCGACAAAGACAGCCCGGGAAGCGCUUUAGCAUUUCAUCUGCUAAGUUUUACGCUGCUGAGACACUCCUAGCUCUAGAGUAUCUCCACAUGAUGGGUAUUGUUUACAGAGACCUUAAGCCAGAAAAUGUGCUGGUCAGAGAAGAUGGACACAUUAUGCUUUCGGAUUUCGAUCUUUCACUCAAAUGCGAUGUUGUUCCUGAGCUCCUAAGGGCUAAACGGUACUUGGAUUCCAAUGACAAGUAUGCAAAAUGCUCGACACCUUCUUGUGUUGCACCCAUGCAGCCUGUGCUGUCAUGUUUCUCAGCCUCCAACAAGAGAAACAAAGCUAAUGUUUCGACAAUAACAGAACGGGUUAAUGUCCAGGAACUUCAUCCAGAACUGGUGGCUGAGCCAAUCAAUGCUCGUUCAAAGUCCUUCGUUGGGACACACGAGUACCUAGCUCCGGAGGUGAUCUCAGGGCAAGGCCAUGGGAGUGCGGUUGAUUGGUGGACUUUGGGGGUGUUCUUGUACGAAAUGUUGUAUGGUAGAACACCUUUCAAAGGUGAAAACAAUGAGAAAACUCUCAUCAACAUCCUUAAACAGCCACUAACCUUUCCAAAAAUUGGUAUUGGCAGCAGCAAAGAAUUUGAAGAGAUGGUGAAAGUUCAAGACCUCAUAUGUAAGCUCUUGGUGAAGAAUCCCAACAAGAGAAUUGGAAGCUUAAAGGGAUCUGUUGAGAUCAAGAGGCAUGAGUUCUUCAAGGGUGUGAAUUGGGCUUUGAUUAGGUCAGUUAGACCACCUGAGGUCCCUAGAGAUUUACAUGACAAGACGAUCAGGAGUAGAGCUUUGUUACCAAAGUUAAGCAAGAAAGAGAGGGAUGAACCAUAUCAGAUCCCUCAUCAUUUUGAUUACUUCUAAUUGUAGAUGUAAAUAAAAAUAGGUAAAGCAGAAAGCACAUAUCAUGUAUGCAUGACACCAAAGAAAGAGUUGUUCUCCUCUGUUUUUCCUGUUAAUUAAUUAUGAUAAGUUGAUGAUAUCUAUUGUACGACC